UGUAGUUGCGGAAGUCGACGUUGUCACGGGCAGCAGCACCAGUUGCGCAGUUUACGAGCGCGCUUCAGUGCGGGUGGUCGACAAGACUUUUGCGUCCCUGGCGUGGCGUCAAGAACAACAACAUAUGUUUUUACUUUCAUAGACGCUCUUGCAGUCUGUGCAUUGUGUACACGCCAGGCGGAAUCAAUGGCAGUCAACGAAUUACGAGUGAGCGCGCAAAUCUAAAUCGUGCUGAUUAUUUGCCGCACAGCGAUAAUUCGCCGCAAAUACCUCAAGGCCGAUACAUAUAUUAAACAUUAUCACUCAAUUACACAAGCGUAAACAUGCAACGCUCAAGAUGCUUAAAUACCUCUGCUGGUCAACUAACCACACACGCAUUGUUAUUGUUAAUGGUAAUAACAUUGUUUGACAUCAGUGGAGUUCUUGGAGAUGAGUCAACAUUGAAAUCCGUUGUUGUGGUUUAUCGGCAUGGAGAUCGCACGCCCGUCGACCCUUAUCCGAAUGAUCCCUACUUGAACAAGAGUUACUGGCCUGUUGGUUUCGGUCAAUUAACAAAUGUGGGUAAAGAGCAGCAUUAUGAGUUUGGCGCGUGGCUCCGCACAAGAUACAACGACUUUUUACCGAAAGACUACAGCGAAAGCGACAUCUACAUCCGUGCGACCGAUGUAGAUCGUACCCUAAUGUCUGCGCAAGCGAAUCUC